GAAUUACAUAAUUUGUGAUCUGCAUGAUAAAUUAAACUUAUUAUGGUCAUUCAUCAAAACUCAUUUGAAACAAAAGAUUUUAGUCUUUAUGGCAACUUGCAAACAGGUAAAAUAUACGUACGAAACAUUCUGCAGAAUGAGGCCUGGAAUGACAGUUAUGGCGUUAUAUGGAAGUUUACAUCAACUUAGACGGAUGUCUAUCUAUGAUGAAUUCUGUAGGAAACAGCAUGCUGUCUUGUUUGCUACCGAUAUAGCUGCAAGAGGAUUAGAUUUCCCAUCCGUUAAUUGGGUAAUACAAUUAGAUUGUCCAGAAGAUGUUAAAACUUACAUUCACAGAGUUGGAAGGACUGCAAGGUACGAAGGAAAUGGUGAAGCAUUACUUGUGUUAUUGCCCUCUGAAAAAUCAAUGGCACAACAACUGAUUGAAAAUAAAAUUCCUAUUGAAGAAAUAAGCAUCAACAAAAAGAAAUUCAUGUCUGUUCAGAAAAAAAUAGAAGUUCUCUGUUCUCGUGAUCACGUAUUAAAAGAAAGUGCUCAAAGGGCUUUUGUAUCUUACCUGAAGAAUGUUUUUCUAAUGAAAGACAAAAAUGUUUUUAAUAUAAAACAGCUGGAUACAGAAGCAUAUUCAAGGUCCUUAGGGCUUGCUGUUGCACCAAGAAUUCGGUUUUUAUCUAAACAUCAGAAAAAAUUAGCAAAUUCUAAAAAAGACACAGAAAAUGUUGAUAUGACUACGGAUGAAUUAAAAGAUUUGAUGCUUCACUCGGAUAGUGAAGAGGAAAAUGCACAUUAUGAAGAAAAUUUAAAUAAACCUUUAUCACAGACUGCAUUUAAUUUUCAUGGGGAAGAAUCAGAUGAUGAUGUAUUAAUUCCAAAACAAAAUAAAGAAGAAUCUGAUCAUGAAAUUGAAGCAAUGGAUGAGUUAAUAUCAAAAAGUAAGGAACAGAAACCUUUAACAAAAUCAGCUGUUGCAAAGAAAUUAUUGAAGAAAAAAGUAAAACCAAACAAGAAAAUAACAUAUGAUGAUGAAGGCCAACCUGUUAACACAUUUCCAAGUGAACAAAAAUCUGAAUUUGCUCAAGAACUUAAAAAAGAAAGUACAUCUUUUGAUUUGGAACUUGCUAGAAAAAUUAUGGAAGAAGAAGAUAAAAUUGACAAACAGCUAUUUAAAGAAAGAGUUAGAGCACUUCACAAGGAGAAAAAGAUGAAAUUGAAAGAAGAGAGAAGGGCAUUGAAAGAGAAAGGUUUUAGUAGUAAGAAGGACGACAAUAAUGAAUUCAAAGAAAACGAUGAUUAUGAAGAUGAAGUUUUAGAAAAUUAUAUUGAUGCUCUUCCCAAUCCUGAUAGAGUUAAUGACAAUAAUGAAGAUGACAAAGAUGAUUAUGACAAUGAAGAUGAAGAAACUGUUAUAAACAUGAAUUCUCGGAAAUUAAGUCCAAAAGAAAAGAAAAACCCAAAGAGGAGCAGCUGCCAGGGAGAUUCUGAUGAUGGAGGCGGAAGACCAGGGAGAAAGAAGAAAAAGAUGGAAGAGAGGUCUUCGGAACCAGCAGACACCGGACUAUCACUAGGGGAAGACGAGGAACUAGCUUUACAUCUGUUGACUCAUUAAAUGUAACAAAGAAAAUGUUUUUAUCAAUAUUUUUGUACAGUCAUCUUUUGUAUUUGAACAC